AGAUUUAUGUGUCAACGUGCUGAGCUGAACUAAAGCAGAGCUGUCAGAGAGGCAGUAAAGCCUGAUCCAGCUGCUGCAUACAGGCGCAGUGGAUGGGCUCAGAUGCCCGGUCUUCGUCGGGGUUUGACUUCAGCAGGACAGUAGUUGUUUCCUUUUAGUAUUCGGCCGUUUUUUAUUAGUUACGCUCGCCUUGAGAUGUUCGUAAGUGGUCGUUCCAUAAUAACGUUUGUUAACGGUUCCUCGCAGUGAUUCAAAUGAGGCGACACACCUUUUUAUAGCGGGGUGGUGUAACAUCUCUGCAUUCUGAAUCUGUGCAUCUGUUUACCUUUUUGUUAUAUUUCACGUUUAGCCUCAUGAUGGACACGGACAUUGCUCUUUUGAGGUUCUGGGAUGGUUUGCCCGGCGAGCUUAAGAUUUAGUUUGCAAAGCUGUAUGUGUGAAUGAGCUGGUAGCGCACACAUCCAGCCAACUGUAACCUUCAAGCUAACGUCAAUGACAGCUAGCAGUUAGCUGGUGGGAGUUGGUGAAUAGCGGGAUUUCUGUGAGUUUUCCAUCGUUCGUCUGCUGCGCGUUUGCAGAGGGAUGCAUGAACGCGAUGCACUAAAUAACGAAAGGGACAAAUUGCAUGUCAAGAUCCGGCGGGGCGCUGCUGAUUCCGAACAGCUUGUGUCAAGACAUCGCCAUAGUGCCACGCUCAGAAAGGGAUUUCAUUCAUCCGAGCCUGCUCGCUAAACAUGGCCUCUGCAGCCAGCAGCCUUGCUGCAUCCAUCGCCAGUAAAACCAAAACCAAGAAGAAACAUUUCGUGUCUCAGAAGGUGAAGCUGUUUCGGGCCAGCGACCCGCUGCUCAGCGUCUUGAUGUGGGGAGUGAACCACUCGAUAAAUGAACUCAGUCACAUCCAGAUUCCUGUUAUGCUGAUGCCUGAUGACUUCAAAGCCAACUCAAAGAUCAAGGUGGACAACCACCUCUUCAACAAAGAGAACAUGCCAAGCCAUUUCAAGUUUAAGGAGUACUGUCCCCUAGUCUUCCGCAAUCUGAGGGAGCGGUUCUCCAUUGAUGAUCAGGAAUAUCAGAACUCUCUGACACGCAGGGCCCCAAUUCCCAGUGACGCUCAGGGCCGUAGUGGAGCUCGUUUCCACACCUCGUACAACAAGAGGUACGUCAUUAAGAUCAUCACCAGCGAGGACGUGGCCGAGAUGCACAACAUUUUGAAAAAGUACCACCAGUAUAUAGUCGAGUGCCAUGGAAACACGCUGCUCCCUCAGUUUCUGGGCAUGUAUCGCCUCACAGUGGAUGGUGACGAGACCUACAUGAUCGUCACUCGCAACGUCUUCAGUCACCGCCUGCCUGUUUACAAAAAAUAUGACCUGAAGGGAUCCACGGUGGCAAGAGAGGCUAGCGACAAAGAAAAGCCACGUCCACCUGAGGAGGCUCCAUCCAAAUCACGCAUGAGCCAAAAGCUACAAACCAUCCGGAUCGCCACACGCUUUUACUGCGCCAUAAGACACACCAAGGAACUUCCAACUUACAAAGACAACGACUUCAUCAAUGACGGCCAGAAGGUCUACAUAGAUGAGGAGAACAAGAAAAUGUUCCUGGAGAAACUGAAGAAUGACGUAGAGUUCCUGGCCCAGCUGAAGCUGAUGGACUACAGUCUGCUGGUGGGAAUCCAUGAUGUGGAGCGAGGGGAGCAGGAACAGCCUGAGGAGGAGAGUGAGGACAAUGACGCCGGGGAGGAGGAGGGGACGGAGAGCGACGGAGGAGCUACCGGCUCCCCACCAGACAGCCCCAGUAACACGCUGGACAGUAAUAGACCUCUGGGCCCAGGAGAGUUUGACCCCGUCAUUGACGUAUAUGCUAUCAAGAGUCAUGAAAAUGCUCCUAAAAAAGAAAUCUACUUCAUGGCGGUGAUUGACAUUCUCACUCCAUAUGAUGCCAAGAAGAAAGCAGCCCACGCAGCUAAGACAGUCAAACAUGGGGCAGGGGCAGAGAUCUCAACAGUUAACCCCGAGCAAUAUUCAAAGCGGUUUUAUGAUUUCAUCACCACUAUUCUGUCCUAACUGCUGCCCGAGGCUGGAAUGAGGCGGAGUAACAGGUGGCCACAUAUGAGCUCAUAUCCUGAGAGAGGUUUUGAUGUGGGUAACAGAUCCCACUUGUCACAGGAUCACGUCUGAGAUCUGUCAAGAUCUUUUUUUGUUUACAAUUUCAUUUUCUCCUCAGUUGGAUCUUUUGGUAGUUUUAUGGCUCCAUGUGGUUGAUAAGGCAUACAUGUGAUAUAGUCAUGCAUAUAUAGCAUUCUGUACCUUUGUGUUAGAUAUUGUUGAAUUGAGAAACCGAGUGAUGUUGUUUGUGCCCAGCUGUGUGGUAUGAUUAUCAUACUGGAAUUCUCAAAGCUGCUUAUAUAUUUAUUGUCUUUAUGUUCUUUGCAGUGAAAAAUUCAUUGUUCUUAAAGGAAUAGUUCAUCGAAAAAUUUAUAUUUGCUGAAAACGUACUCCCAGUUAGACUAUCCAAGAUGAUGAAUUUGUUUCUUCAGCGAAACAGAUUUGGAGAGAUUUAGCAUUACAGCUCAACAAUGCUCUGCAGUAAAUGGGUGCCGUCAGAAUAAGAGUCCAAACAGCUGAUUAAAAACAUCACAAUAAUUCACACUCCAGACUCCAGUUCAUCAGUUAACAUCUUGUGAAGCAAAAAGAUGCAUGUUUCUAAUAAACAAAUCUGUCAAGGCAUUUUUAACUUGUGGAUUAUUGUGACGUUUUUAUCAGCUGUUCGGACUCUCAUUUUGACGGCACCCAUUUACUACAGAGGAUCCAUUUCUCCAAAUCUGUUUUGAUACUAGUCAAAAGUUUUUGAACAGUAAGUUUUUUUUUUAUGUUUUUUAAAGAAGUCUCUUCUACUCACCAAGCCUGCAUUUAUUUGAUCCAAAGUACAGCAAAAACAGUAACAUUUUGAAAUAUUUAAAAUAACUGGUUUCUAUUUGAAUAUAUUUUAAAAUAUAAUUUAUUCCUGUAAUCAAAGCAAACUUUUCAACAUCAUUACUCCAGUCACAUGAUCCUUUAGAAAUUAUUCUAAUAUGCUUAUUUGCUGUUCAAGAAACAUUUAUUUUUUUAUUAUUAUUAUUAUCAAUAUUUAAAACAGUUUCAGGAUUCUUUGAUGAAUAGAAAGAUCCAAAGAUCAGCAUUUAUCUGAAAUAAAAAGCUUUUGUAACACUAUUCACUAUACCAUUCAAAAGUUUGGAGUCAGUAAUAUUUUUUAGUGCUGUCACACCAAUUAAUCACAUCCAAAAUAAAAGUUUUUGUUUACAUAAUAUAUGUGUGUAUACUACUGUGAAUAUUUAUUAUGUGUGUAUAUAUAUAUAUAUAUAUAUAUAUACAUACAGUAUAUAUUUUGAAAAUACUUACGUAUUUACAUCUAUUUAUAUUAAUAUAAUUGAUAUAUAUAAAUAUUUUAAUAUUUAAACACAACAUGCUUUUCUUAGAUAUAUACAUGCAUGUGUAUUUAUAUAUACAUAAUAAAUGUACACAGUACACACACAUAUAUUAUGUAAACAAACACGUUUAUUUUGGAUGCGAUUAAUCAUGAUUAAUCGUUUGACAGCACUAUUUUUUUUAUUAAAGAAAUCAAUACUUUUUAUAAACUAUUUAUAAUGUUUAUAAUGUUACAAAAGAUUUCAGAUAAAUGCUGUUUUUCUGAACUUUCUAUUCAUCAAAGAAACCUAAAAAAAAAUCCACUCAGCUGUUUUCAACAUAAUAAUAAAUGGUUUUAAGCAGCAAAUCAGAACAUUAGAGUGAUUUCUGAAGGAUCAUGUGACUGGAGUAAUGAUGCUAAAAAUUCAACUUUAAAUUACAGGAAUAAAUUACAUUUUAAAAUGUAUUACAAUAGAAAACAGCUAUUUUAAAUAGUAAAAAUAUUUUGCUGUACUUUGGGUCAAAUAAAUGCAGGUUUGUGAGCAGAAAAGUCUUCUUUAAAAAAUCUUACUGGUAGUUGGAUGAGUACAGAGUACAUUUUAAUCAAAUUUUAAUUUUGGCGUGAACUAUUCCUUUAAUAAGAAAGUCCAGUUUUAAAUCAUUAAAAUAUAUUUCGAUUUCUAAAAUAAAUUUAGCCCUGAACAAAUAACGACCAGAGUCAGAAUUAAAAAUAAAUUGCAACAUAAUUGUUUGAAAGUGUUUAUUGCACUAUCGCUCUUUAGCUGCAGGCAGUACCUUUAAAUCAGAUUUUUGCUAUUUGUUUACAAAGCGUGAAAAAGAAUGCAACUUCAGGAUCAAUUACUGCAUUUCUAGUUCAAAUCCAAUCAGCAAAUUGGAUUUAGACGACCUGCCUGUUGUGCAUUGUAAAGUCUUGCACAGGAGCUCAAUAUUUGCAAUUGGCUCCGAUGAUAACGUUUAGUAUAACGCAACUGUUUUUGCACAUGAUCUAAUGCACCAAAACGUUUAUGCAAAUGAUUCCAGUUUUACCACUGACUCAUGCAAUAGUAGUGAUUCGUAGAAUGUGUUAAGCACCUAAUGGGUUACACGUGCGUUGCCACUUUUGUACCCCUAGCGAAGGAACAAAACAUUGCCUGUUUUAUGUUGUUUAGCUCUUAAUUAGAGAACAUGGUAUGAAAAUGAAGCAUAUUUUGUACCUCCCUUUUUUUACAGUAAUAAUUAGCAAGUUUACAGUGGGCCGUUCUCUUGAAAAUGCAGUUGUGCUGGCGCUAUAUAGAUGCUUGAAUCUGCGUAUAGUGUUUCAGCUGCACUGUAAAGAGCGAGAGAAUGCUGCCUCUUACUGUUGAUAUCUCUCUCUCUCUCUCUCUCUCAUCAUUGUCCAAACUUUGUGUGAUCCCAGAGACCUUUAGUAUUAUAAAAAUAUAUAGAUAUUGUGAUAUGUCUUCUGAAAUAUCGUUUGCAAAGUAAUCCUAAAUAUUCUACUGUAUGUGUUGACAUAUAUACACUGUGCAAGGUGUGCCUUUUUUACUCUGAAUUAUUUAAUUUUGUAUUUGAAUCAUUUUUUAAAAAGAGACGUUUGACAAAUGUUAUUUUCUAAAAAGGGAAAGGCGAAUAGGACGAAUCCUGAGGUGGUUUUGCUGUUCCUGUGUAGAUGUGUAAAUACGCAAGUGUAUUAUGACAAUGUUACAGUCCUAACGGUACAAAAACUUACUAAUUUUUAAGUUUCUUUUCUUUUUUUUCAAAUUCUUUCAAGGCUCAAUGUGUUGCUGUAUUUUAGUUUCUUAUCAAUUACCAAUUAGAUAAGCAAUGUCAGUUUUUGUUUUUAGGACAGUUUCCGAAGAACGAUCCGAGAGGUUUUGUGAACACGCUCCUGAUUUUCAAUUUGAUGUCUGUACAGCACAUGUGAAUCUCUGAGAAGCCUCUUCGGUGAGAUUUUGGGGAAAAAUGACUUCACUUUGUCUCAAAUUGUAUAGAGUUAUGAUCUCAUGUGUUGUAAUUUGUAAAAACAAGCUUCCAUGUUGAUGGUACAGUGUGAGUUUGAUACUUUAAUGUUUUGAGGAUGAGAAAAAAAGCGGAUGUGAGCCCUUUUGAAUAUGCUGUCAAAGGAAGAUAUUAUCAGUUGUCAGUCUACUUGUCAUAACUGUUAUCUACGUCAUGAAAGUGUGCAGCUCUUGUGUGUAUGUGCUGUAGGCCUAAAAUAUUUAAAAGCACUCUGUCCCAUUAGCAUUGCUCAAUAAAACGAUGCAUUGCUCAGCUUGA